GUCAACAAGGAAAUCACAAAUCAACGUGAUCUGUGUAUAAACAGUGUUAAGUUGCAACUGAAGUUGACUCAAUGGGUAAUAUUGUUAGUUCAUUAGUAUCAGGCUUUGUUAAAGUUGUUGGCGAUCUAUUUGGAGCCCCAGUAGAUUUUCUUUCUGGCAAAUCAUGCAGUUCAGUAUGUGGGUCAACAUGGGAUCUGAUCUGUUACAUUGAAAACUUCUGCAUUGCUAAUCUCCUGAGGCUGCUUGCUGUGGUGGCUCUCCUUUAUGUGGUGCUGCUAUUCUUGUACCUUCUACACAAGAUUGGUUUCUGCCAGUGCAUCGGCAGGGGCGCAUGCAAGAUGCUGCGGGCAUGUUUCAUGUCAUGCUUCUCGACCUGCGAGUACGCAUGCAUGUUCGUGUGGUUUAAGCUGAAGAAUGUGAAGCAGAUGAAGGAAGAGCGUUUGAAGAGGAUGGAACAAGAUUAUGGCUCGACUUCGAGUGAUGAUGACUUGGAGGAGAGUGUAUUGUAUGCUCGCACACUGAGAUCUCUUUCGCAAAGGUCAAGAGAACGGAGAAGGAUGCACUUGGAAAGGUCCCUAAGGCCGAGGAGUCACCGAGUAAGAGUUGGGAUCAGCAAACACUCCAUAUACAUAAAUGAGAAGGACCCAAGGAAGUGUCAUGGACAUGGGAGCAUACUCCAGAAAAUUAAGGUGACUCACACAUCAAAGUUUGCUCAGAAAGGCAAUGGCAGGCGCAUUCGCAAAUGAGGUUUUCGGAAUGAGAUCUCUCGUUCAAGGUUUGAGUUGCAGUGAUGAGAGAAUGGGAUGGCAUUUUGACCCAUGCAUCUUCGAAGUUGUGAAUUUGCACAUAGAGCUAGAAAACUGUGUAAAGAUUUGUACUCCCAAGUAAUGGUAGAAGUUCAACUUGGAUGUGAUGUUAGUAAUGAUGGAAGUUUUCACCUGAAGGAAGGUUUGAAAUAGUCCUCUCCUAUUUAUUGCUUUAGAGCAUAGUAGAAGCUCAAAGGAUCCUAGUUUU